UAAAUAAUCCGUCUUUCGUGUAUACAUAGUGUUGAAUUUAAAUGUUUAGGCUGUAAAUAUUUUCUAAUUAAAUGCUACGUUUAGGCAAACCUCAGGAACUUUUUAGUAGCGUUUUUUCAAUUUGUAAAAAUUUAACUAGCACACUAGUCACUAAGUUGGAUACAAUGACAGAAACAAACGAAGCUUCUCAAGAUUCGAGUCAAGCAGAAAAAAGACCUUUAGAAAAUGAAAGCAAUGGUGAAGCAAAAAAACAGAAAACAGAAAAUGAAACUGUGCCUUUUGUCAGGAUAAAAAGGAGAAACUUUGCAAUGAUGCUUGGAUAUCUUGGUAAAGAUUAUUAUGGAAUGCAAAGGAAUCCGAAAAUUGACACUAUCGAAGAACAGUUGAUAAAAGCAAUGUAUAAAGCCAAUCUGAUUACUUCCGAAGCUGUUGAAGUUAUUCAAAAUAUAAAUUUUCAAAGAGCAGCUAGGACGGACAAGGGAGUGUCUGCUGUCAGACAAGUUGUUAGUCUUAAAUUACCUGAAAAUCCAUCUAAAGACAGUAUAAACGAACAUUUGCCCAAAAAUAUCAAGGUAUUUUCUAUAAAAAGAGUAACUAAAGGAUUUAAUUGUAAAUCAAAGUGCAAUGCACGUACGUAUUCUUACACAUUGCCAACUUAUGCAUUUGCACCAGAAAAUUUGGAACUUUUUAAUAAAACUCAUGAAAGCAUGGAGGAAAGAAUAGCUGAGAGGAUGGAAGCACUGUCUCUCAUUGAUGGAAAACCAUUUCACGAGUAUAGAUUACCAAAAGACAAACAGGAACAAGUAUCUGUAUUACUGCAGAAGUUCAAAGGAACGAAAAACUUUCACAAUUACACGACAAAAAUAUUACCGUUAGAUCCAAGAGCAAGACGUUACAUUAUGAAUUUAGAAGCAGAAAAGCCUGUUAUUGUUAACGACAUGGAGUUUAUGACUUUAAAAAUCAAAGGCCAAAGUUUUAUGAUGCAUCAAAUUAGAAAAAUGGUAUCCAUGGUCAUUGCAGUCAUGAGAAAUAUCGCGACAGAAGAAGAUUUCAAUCAAUCUUUUAAUACUCCAAAAUAUAUCAUCUCCAGAGCUCCAAGCUUAGGACUGAUGUUGAAUGUUGUACAUUAUGAUUAUUACAAUGAAAGAUAUGGCAAAGACGGUCUCCACGAGAGGCUGGAUUGGGCCGAUUGUGAAGAAGAAAUCCAAGACUUUGAGAAGAAUUAUAUUUUAAAGGACGUUAUUGAUACAGAAAUCAAUGAAAAGUCAAUGCUUUCAUGGUUGGCACAACUAAGCACGUCAGAUUAUGGACUGUGGGACGAGUCGAAAGCGGAGAACAAGGAAGAAAAAGAAGAAGGCCCAUUAGAUGAUUAAUAAGUUAUAGUUGUUUUUGUCUACCGAUGUUUUUUUUUUACACACCGAGAAAAAAAAAUAUAUAUAUAAUUAUACAUUCAUCAGGGCGUAUAACAAUGUUUUCA